CAAUUCUGCAGUCUUUCGCACAUACGAAAAGGCAGACUUGAAAUCAGCUUGUGUCUGUCGCUUAAGGCGCUUUCAUUGUUUCAGAAAUCUGUCCUCCCAAAUGGUAAAGGUGCCUCCAAGAAAAAGACGAAGGGUGGCAACACGGACGCCGAAAUCAAAGAACUGCGGAAACUACUGAACGCUGCGAUGAAGGAAAUAGCCGACCUGAAGCUUUUUCAGAGCGUUCAGGAGAGAAAGACGGCCGCCCUACUGCGUCGAACGGGGGCGUCGUUCGUCUGGUGCCUGGAGUCGUACCGCAGACUUCGCCGGCAUGCGAUCUCGCGACGUGACGACUGUCUCAGUGAGCCAAUCUUCUUCGGCAUGGCCGGUUGCAAAUUCCGGCUGCAGGCUAACCUGUACGGCAUCGGGAGUGGUGCCGGCACGCACUUGGCUUUUUUCGUCCAGUUCAAGGUCGUCGACGUGGCCAGAAUGGACAGCUGCUGUGUCAAGAAAACUAGGUGCUUGAUCCGGGUGGCGUCCCAGCGGGAGGGCGUGGAUCACGUCGACCAUACGUUCGACUUCUGUGUCUCGGGUCAGGACCGUCGACGCUCCACGAGCCGUCCGCUGCACAUGUGGAACACGCUUUUCGGCCGCGAAAAGUUCAUUCUCUUCGAAGAGCUCGAAGACCAGCGUGUUGGAUACGUUGUUGAUGACAUGCUGAUCCUGGAAUUUCACGUUAUAGACUGAUUAAAUAAAACAAAGACAAGAACAAGCAUGAAGCAAAGAAAGUAGUGAUU